GCCUUUUCAGGCCCUGCCCCCGCCGGUCCCACCGCCGGUGCCGUCGGUGCCGCCGCCGCCGCCGCCGAUAUGGCGCGCACGGCCCCUGUGGAGCCACCGCUGCGGCAUCCCGUGCCCCCGUCGCCGGCUGCGGGAGAGCCCCGCGCCUCGGUUGAGGCGGCGGUGGCCCCGCGGAGGGUGCUGUUCGCUGACGAGGCCCUGGGGCUGCCUCUGGCGCAGCUACGCCGCUACCGGCCGUGGGGCGGGCCCGGGGCGGGCAAGAUGGCGGCGGCGACCGGGCAAGAUGGCGGCAGCGGCGGGGCUGAUGAGGACGAUGAUGGCGAGGAUGGGGAUGAAGGGGAGGAGGAAGAGGAGGCUUGCCCCGAUCCCUCGCCGCUGUGUCCCGUUCCCGCUGGCGGGGGGUUUUACCUGGUGCCCACAUUUUCGUUGCCGCCCGCGCUGGGCCGUCUGGAGCGGUUGGGGCGUGUGAUGGUGGAGCUGGAGGCGCUACUGCCGCCUCCUGGAGCGGUCCCCGGGGGUUCCGGGGUGUGGGUGCCUGGGGGGCGCCCGCCGGUGGUGCGCGGGUUGGUGCGCGUGCUGAACCGCUCCUUCGAGAAGGCGGUGCACGUGCGGGCUUCGCACGACGGCUGGGCUUCCUUCUGCGACCACCCAGCGCGCUAUGUCCCACGCAGCCCGCCUGGGGCAGGAGUGGGAGGAACAGGAGCAGGAGAUCCCCUCCUGGAUCCGGGUCUAGGCCUGGGCCCUGGCCAGAUGUCUGCCUCCUCGCCCGACGACGGUGGCCGCACUGACCGUUUUGCCUUCCAGCUGCCCUUUGCUGAGGGCGCGGGUGAUGGGGCGCGCCUCGACUUCGUGGUGCGCUAUGAGACCCCCGAGGGCACUUUCUGGGCCAACAACCAUGGCCGCAACUACACUGUCCUGCUUCGGAUCGCACCCGCUCCCACACCCACUGAUGCCGAAGGGCUGCCCCAGCAGCAGCAGCUGCAGCAGCUGGAGCCACAGCCUGAGUCCCAGGGUCCUGUGGAGGCUGAGGCCAGGCAGCUGAAGAGCUGCAUGAAGCCGGUGAGGCGCAGGCCUCUUGAGGAGGAGCUGAGGAUGAAGACCAUGGAGGACAAUACCCUUGGGGAACAUCCUGAUGUUCAAGAGUCACUGGGUCCCCUGGUGGCCCCCACCCCUCUCCGUCCAUGGCCCCAGAUGACACUUCAGGUUUCUGAAGCUACAGUGACCAGAAACCCUCAAGAAGAAGGCGACAUCCCCAGAAGCAACCCACCUGUGGCUUUUACAGAGGUCCUCCAGACACCAGCCAUCAGGAUUCCUCCAUCUACCCGUGGCCUGGGUGGCCCUCCCAGGGACCAGGCCUCAGGGCCAGAUGCAAGCGAUAGAAUGACUGGGCCCUUCCUGGAACCCAGUCAGCACCAGGUGGAGGCCACGUGGGAAAGCGGAGGGAGUCGAAAGGCCCCCACGAUGGGGGCUGUGACAGAUGAGCCCACUCGGGGUCUGGAGAUUGUGAGUGGGUUGGAGGAGCUGCUUGGUGAAGACACCAUUGACCAGGAGUUGGAGCAGCUCUACCUGUCUCACCUGAGCCGCUUGCGGGCUGCUGUGGCAGCAGGGGGUGGCGGGGAGGGCGCUACAGAUGGAGGGACGUCCCCCAGCCAUUCCCUGGGCAUACUCACGGACCGUGACCUGAUCUUGAAGUGGCCUGGCCCCGAGAGGGCCCUGAACAGUGCCCUGGCCGAGGAGAUCACGCUGCACUAUGCGCGCCUGGGGUGUGGCGUGGAGCUCAUCAAGGACACUGAGGACCCUGAUGACGAGGGGGAGGGCGAAGAGGGGCUCUCCAUCACUCCCUCUAGCCCCGACGGAGACAGCCCUAAGGAAUCACCUCCAGAAAUCCUCUCUGGGGCACGCUCUGUGGGAGAUGUGUGGCUCCCAUGGGCUGGGGGCUCCAGAUGUGACAGCCCUGUGAUUCUGGGAACACAGGGACAGUUUACUGAGAAUCCAGAGAAAGGGGUGGGCAAGGAUGUCAACUCUUUGCAUAUGAAUAGGCCCAUAGUUGGGGUGGCCAGGUCCCCAGCGGAGGCUGGGACAGAAGCCCGGAUGGAGGUUCCUACUGGGUGGACAGGCAGCUUGCUAUCUGUUUCUGAUAAUGAGCCUGCUGCCCCAGCUCUGCCAGAGCAUAGCGCUGCUCUUCUUAGUCCCCCAGGGACUGAAGUUUGUCCUUCUACUGUAGCCAACCGUCAUGUGACCUCCCAGGAUGAAGAGGGUGGAAGCCUAAACCCUGAGUCCCCAGAGAGGUCUCCCAUGCCAGCUGCCCCUGCAGAAUGUAUGUGUGGAUUGGCUCCUCAGCUUUGGGGGCCCUUGACUCAAACUCUGGGUGUCCUGGCUGGGCUAGUUGUGGUUCCUGUGGCUUUGAACAGUGGUAUGUCCCUUCUGGUGCUGGUGCUGGGCCUCUCUCUGGCCUGGUUCUCGUAGGGACGGCCUGUAGGGUCAGUGACAGCGGAUUUCCUCCUCUUCGGGGUCUGGAGAUUUGCAGUCCCUCUGUCACCCCGAGGAGGUGAGAUGUAGCCUGUGUAGUGAGGGACUUGGGUCCUUUGGUUUUGAGAGUGCUUGAGAGGAGAGAGGCCUUCCCAGCUCUGAGCCCUCUGUAGUCAGCGCCAGGCUCCCCGCAGUAGAGCUUGAGCAGUGGAAGGAAUGGCGGAUCGUGUGAGAAAUUUUAGAAUGAACCAGGCAUGCCCCCCCACCCCCGAGCCUGUAUUUAUUUUUGUAUAAUUCUCUGGAUGAGGGAGAGUGGUCAUGAGCUGGUCUUGGGGCACAAUUACCCAGAGAUAUAUUUAUUAACAGCCAAUCUGUGCAACCUGCUGGAGCUUUAUUUUUAAUUUAAUUUAUAUAGAGUACCUAUUAUUAUUCUAUGCCACAAUAGAGCUCUAUGAGAAAUGAUGUGUCUUGCUGUGCUGGUCUCCUGUUUGGGCCUGAGUGUGUAAGGUGGUCACAUUCUGGGGAAUUAGCAUGGUCCAUGGUGGGAGUGGAGAUGGCCAUGGCCAUGCCUACUGCUGCCUCCUCAAUGUGUUCUUGAGGAUCUGUAUCUCUUUGCCUUGUGGUCCUAAUAUAUGUGGUCCUUUGGUCGUGCAUAUCUUGUCUGUGGGAGCCUGUGUCUCUGUAUAUGGGCGGUUGUGGUGGGAGCCAAGAAGAAGAGUGUUGACCACAUGAAGUUUUGGUGUUAGUCACAUGUCUGCAGUGGUGACUGUGGUCAUCUGUUAAUGUGGAGACAUGGAUUAGCCACAAAGUUUUGAGGUUACUGAAAAAUAAAAGCUUUUGACACCAGCAGGGAGACCCCUCAAGCCCCCAAAUGGGGAAGGCCCCAGAAAGGAAUUAAUGUACUGUGAAAAAUUUGUAUCAGAUUUGCUGUCCACAGACAUUGCAUUCCUGCUCCAAACAGGAAACUAAGAAGCUUUAAUAGAAAGGUUAGAUACAUUUAUUGCAUGCAAAUAAAAACUCUUGGCACAGCAAAAUAAAACACAAUAUAUUUAUUUA